AUGAACUAAUACAAGUUAAUUAAGCUGAAGGGUGAAGGAACAUUUUCCGAAGUCUGGAUGGCUGAGUCUUUGCGAACAGGAAAGUUAGUCGCAAUUAAGUGUAUGAAAAAUGUAUUUGCAAAUGAGGAAUAAGUCAAUAAUUUAAGAGAAAUCUAGGCUUUAAGAAGGUUAUCACCUCAUGAGCACAUAAUUACUUUACAUGAAAUCCUAUAUGAUAAGCCAACUGGCAGAUUAGUUUUAGUUUUCGAAUUGAUGGAUUGCAAUUUGUACGAGCAUAUUAAAGGCAGAAAUAAAUACUUGAAUCCAAAUAAAGUCAAAAAUUACAUAUUUUAGCUUUUGAAGGCUAUCGAAUUCAUGCACCGCAACAAUAUCUUUCACAGGGAUAUCAAACCCGAAAACAUUUUGUUGCUAGGCGAACACAUUAAGCUAGCAGAUUUUGGUAGCUGUAAGAGAAUCAACUCAGAGCAUCCUUACACUGAAUACAUCUCCACACGUUGGUACAGAGCGCCAGAGUGCUUGCUAACUGAUGGUUAUUAUGAUUAUAAAAUGGACUUAUGGGGAGUUGGGUGUGUUAUGUUUGAAAUUAUUGGUUUACAUCCUCUGUUCCCUGGAAACAACGAAUUAGAUUAGGUUCAUAAAAUCCAUAAUAUUCUGGGAACUCCUCCUAAAGAAAUUUUAGAUAGAUUUAAAAAGCAUGCAACUCAUAUGGAAUUUGAUUUCUAACCAUAGCAUGGUACAGGAAUCGAUAAACUUUUAGUAAAUGCAAAUGCCUCUCCAGAAUGCAUAGAUUUAAUUAAAAAACUGUUAAUCUAUGACCCAGAUUAAAGAAUAAACGCAAACUAAGCAAUAAACCAUGAAUACUUCAGAGAUUUAGUAGAAUAUGAAUAAUAUAAAGUUUUAUAAUCAAAUUUAAAAACUGAGAGUAUUCUAAAAAAAAAUAGUAUAAAGCCCAGUUAUGAUGAUAAAUCAUCUAGAGUUGGUAAUGACAGUUUGAUAGAAGAUGAUAGAAGCUCUAAAAGGAUGUACAGCUAUAAAUAAUAGCCAUCUAAAAAAUCUUAAAGCAUUCCUCCUCCUAAUAAAUAAAAAAAAGUUGAGAAUCCAUUUAAAAGUUCUUAUGCACAUGAUAUUUCUACAGAAGAAGAAACUAUUAAGGUAUUUUUUAUAUUUACUAAACAAUGUAAAUAUUUUUAUUUUAAUUAUCAUUACCAAUAAGUUUGCACUUCCACAUAUAAAUAAACCUAUAACUUAUGCAUAAACAUUGAAAAAGACUUAUGA